CUUCUCGUUCACGACCAAUAGUCCUCCAAACGCACUGAACGCACUCAACACCUUCGGGUUCAUCUCAGACUGCAGCAGACACACAUAUUUGUGUACCAAUGAAUUAGCCUUGCGAAUAGCAAUCCAAACGCACUGAACGCACUCCAACUUCAGGAGUUUUUGGAGGCGGUGAUACAUGGACGUGCUUAGGUGUUGUCGGCCUUGAUAUAAGCCUGACAUGUUUGAAAUUCGACAACGAGGUUGUCUAAGAAAUGGUAUAAAGCCAAGAUGGCUUCAGCAUUCAUUCAUUUGAUCAUCAAGCUACCCACAUCAUCAAUCACUUUCGACAGUUUCAGGCCUCGUCAUCAUCUUGCGUUUCAAUUCCCACAGCCCGCAACCCGCCCAUAUCAAACGAGCAUGUCGACCGUUGCUUCAAUCGUAGCCACCGCCUCUCCACCCAUUAUAUUUCGAAAUCCGACUCAAAUCAUGGAGCCCAACACGCAUUCUACCAAGAAUGGUUCUCAAGAUGCUGCUAACAUGUCAGAGGCGGUCUUCGCCGGAUUGGCCCUCUUGGUUGCGCUCAUCGCACUGGUCGUAGCGCUUCUGCAUCUACGUCACGAACGCAACAAGCGUCGUCAGACCUAUGAAGUUCAAGUUGAGUUGGCAGAACUAUAG